GAUCGUCGCGGCCCCUACCCUACCCUCCCAUUGCUGGGAGAACCUCCACUUUCGUCUGGGCGAACCUCCACUUUCGUCUGGGCUCCAGAACCUAUCAUAGAUGCAAUUAUCCCCUCGCUCGCUCUUCAGACGUUUUCUUGUGUAUAUUUUGCCACUAACCGUUCUCUGUGACGCCUCCUCUUAUCCGUGUACUUGUGGCCGCGCUCCACUGCAUAGUCUCUACGUGUUGCCGACCCGUGCCCCGAACCUAACGUCUAUGCGCGGCCGGUGGUCAGUUUAUCGAGUCAUUUCCAGGACUCAGCAAGCGGUGGGCGCAGGUCACGAUUUACUGGAGAGGUGCAUGCGCAAUCGAACUUACCAUGCUUUCGCUCUUCCACUCGCAAGCAACGAAGGCACGUAGAAAAUCAAGUUAUUAAGACGUAAAUACCAGAAGAAUGCUACCC